AUGGAGAGGGUUUUAAGGGCGCACGACGGCAAGCUGUGGACGCCGCUGAACGUGAUCCUGUUCAACCUGGUGUGCUCGGACUUCAGCGUGGCGUUGCUAGGCAACCCGCUGACGCUGGCCGCGGCCGUGGCGCACCGCUGGAUCUUCGGCAGGACGAUGUGCGUCAUCUACGGCUUCUUCAUGUCCCUCCUGGGCAUCUCGAGCAUCGCGACGCUGACGGUGCUGGCGUUCGAGCGUUACGUGAUGAUCUCGAGGCCGUUCCAGGCGCGCCGGCUGUCGCGGCGCGGCGCCGCGCUCCUGGUGGCCGCCAUCUGGCUGUACUCGCUGCUGCUGACGGCGCCGCCGCUGCUCGGCUGGGGCGACUACGUGCACGAGGCGGCCAACAUCAGCUGCUCGGUGAACUGGGAGAGCCGCACGCUGGGCGCCACCUCCUACAUCGUCUUCCUGUUCGCCAUGGGGCUCGUCGUGCCGGUCGCCGUCAUCAGCUUCUCCUACCUCAACAUCGUCCGCACACUCAAGAAGAACACGCUGCGGUCGGGCCGGGCGACGCGCGCCGAGUCGCGCGUGGCGCUGAUGGUGGCCGUCAUGAUCGCCGCCUUCCUGCUGGCCUGGACGCCCUACUCGGCGCUGGCGCUGCUCAUCGCCUUCGGCGACCACCGGCUGGUCAGCCCCGGGCUGGCCGUCGUGCCGGCGCUCGUCGCCAAGUCCUCCAUCUGCUACAACCCGCUCAUCUACGUCGGCCUCAACACGCAGGUCCACGCGAGGGGCGAGUCCGGCAAGGUGUCCAGUGAGGCCACAGCUGGUGCGGCCGACACGUCCAGGUCUGGGGGCCAGAGCAGCAGCAACCGCAGCACCAGCAGCAGCGGCAGCAGCAACGCCGACACCCUGCUGCUGGCCCCCGGGUGCUCUGUCCACCCUCUGCAGGAGGGCCCACCCUCCAAGGCGAAGCGACCCACCGUGAAGCGCAAGUGGUCGGCCGCCAUCAUCUUCGAGAAGGGUACAGCCUCCAAGGGACCGUCCGACGCCUCCACAGAUGCACCACCACCACCACCAUCACCAGCUGACAGCCGGGCUAAUGCUUCGGAUCAGAGUGCGAGCCCGACUCACUCCAAGGAGUCCACUGCCAGAGUCACGUCUAUUGGCAACAAUCCACUGCAAGGGGUCCGUUCUUCGAGGAAUGACGAGAGCGGAAGCGGAAGGCUCCAAAAGUGCCCCAGCCUCGUCACAGAGGACGCCGACCACGAACAGGCACAGACAGGGGCGAGUCCGUCGAAGACUGCGUCAGAUAAUGAAACUAAAGACUGCAGUCCGAGUUCGCCCUCACGAGGCUGUAGCGAGUGUGACUCGAAAGGUUUACACCCUGCACUGGGCCAAAACGUCGACCUAUUCCGAAGUGCUUUGGAGUGUUCUGACAACCCUUCCAGUGAAGCUGUAGACUCUGUCGAAGGCACACCCAGUGCUGCAAACGCACCGGAAGAGAGACGCUGUAGAGAUCGUCUUGCCAGUAACAGUAGUGUGACGGACACUCCAAAGAAGGCGAGCAACAGUGAAGGGGAGCCAGACGACGGCGGCCAGCGCGGCGGCGCCGCGGACGGGCUCUCGGGGCGCACAGUGCUGGAGCUGACCGGCUACCAGGGCGGCAGCACGUGGAGCCUCCGGGAGCCCUCCGAGGGCGGCGGCUCGCCCGCAGAGCCCGCCGUGUCCGCGCUGGUGCUGUCCGCCUCGAGGUGCGCCAGCCGGGCCGUGCUGGCGGCGGCGUCCUUCCGCGACAACAACAACAGCCGGGACGUGCCCAGCCGCUACACACCUGACAAGGACCUCCAGAAGGGCGACAGCGCUGACGCCGUUACCGCCUUCGUGGGAGCGCUGCGCCACAGGGAUGCCGUGGCCCCGGUCUCCGAGGCAGAAGCCAUCGAACUUCAGGAGAUGGUAGUCUCCGCCAAACAAGAAUGA